AUGGCUUCGAAGACCUGGAACGUCGGAAUUGUGGGAUAUGGCUUUAGUGCCAAGACCUUCCACAUUCCCUUCAUUCAGGAAGUCCCUCAAUUCAAAAUCGCGGCUGUUGUGCAGCGCACCCCCAAGCCGGACGACGAUGCCGAGAAGGACCACCCCGGAAUCAAGUCCUACCGGACCACCGAGGAGAUGGUCAAGGAUGAGGGUCUCCAGGUGGUUGUCAUCACCACCGCGCCCGAUUCGCAUUAUGCCUUGGCCAAGCUGGCUCUGGAGAAUGGAAAGCACGUUGUCUGCGAGAAGCCCUUCACCCCCACUACUCAGGAAGCCGACGAGCUGGUUGCUCUGGCCAAGAAGCAGAACAAGCUCCUGGCCGUCUACCAAAAUCGUCGGUGGGAUGCCGAUUUCGUGACCCUGUCGAAGCUGGUGAAGAAUGGCUCUCUUGGCCGUGUCGUGGAGUUCGAGACUCACUUCGACCGUCAUCGCCCCCAGGAGCCCUCCCCCGAUGUUUCCAAGUGGAAGAACAAGGUCAUCCCGGGUGGUAGCGCCAUCUAUGACCUGGGCGCUCACCUCUUGGACCAGGCUGUGCACCUGCUUGGCAAGCCGGAGCGCGUGACUGGAUUCAUUGGCUCCCAGCGCGAGGUGAACACUUCCGGGUUCGAGGACUCUUUCACUGUUCUGCUCCACUACCCGAAGGGCGUGCUUGUCACGGCUAAGGCUGGUGUCGUCAGCCCGGAAGAGGAGCAACUGCGCUUCUGGGUCCGGGGAGAGAAGGGCAGCUUCAAGAAGUUCCAUCUCGACGUGCAGGAAGAGCAGCUCAAGGCUGGUGUGAAGCCAGGUGACAGCGGAUAUGGCCGAGAGCCUUCUGAGAGAUACGGUACUCUCACGACUAUUCAGGACGGCAAGCCCGUCAAGGAAGUCAUGCCCACAGUAGAGCCCCCGACCUGGACGGAAUACUACCGCAAGCUGGCGCGGGCUCUUGGUGGAGAGGGCGACCUCCCUGCCAGCGGCGCCGAGGCUCGUGAAGUGAUCCGGCUGAUCGAGUUGGCUCAGGAGAGCUCGAAACAGGGAAAGACCCUGGAUGUAUAA